AUCUAAUUGACCAAGCUGAGUCACUUGAUCCAACAGUGCCCUCAAAUUUUUUGCCUCUUGAGGAAGUGUACGUUGGUCCCCAAGCGCUAAUGUCCUUAUUAGAAUCAAAGAACAAGGAUAUGAAUCAACAUAUCAAAACUAGGUGCAUAAACUUUUUUGUAGCUACAACAAAAGCAAUGUUGGAAAAAUUCAACUUCAAGGAUCACCAGUUAUGGAAAGACUUAGGUAUCCUGCAUCCUAAAAAAGUGCUGAAUCAAGUUAGCUUAGCUCCGGUAUUGAGGCAUUACAAAUUCCUCGGAGAAGACCUCAUACAUAAAAUCGAUGUAGAAUUUCGAGGUCUUGCAUUUGAACCUACACUGAAAGAUACUGACAAAUGUGUCCGAAUUUUAUGGAAAAGUUUUUGAAAUUAAUUUGGGCAAUACCCUAAAGUACCCGAAUUUGAGCUAUUUUAUCCAGAAUCAUGUAUUUACACUCCCUCACUUCUCAGCGUGUGUGGAGAGAGAUUUUUCCACUCAGAAUUUGAACAAAACCAAGUUGAGAAAUAGAAUUGAAAAUCCCACCAUGAGAGGGAUCAUGCAUUCUAAAGCUUUCAUUGAUAUGGAUAAUUGUUAUGAUUUUGAAAUUUCUGAUAAUGUUUUGAAAUUUUUCAACAAAAACAUGUACAACGGUGUCUCUUAUUAAGGUAUCUAUGACAAGAACUAGUCUUUGAAUUGUUCUAGUCAAAAUUAUUAGGUAUCUCAUGCCUAAAUAAAGAAUUCUGAAGUUCUAAUUUUUUUUUCUUGCAUCCAACUUUACCUUCUGAUCAUUUAACAGCCCAAUAUCACUUACGUGUUGCUCUCGUAAUUACGUAUAUUCAUUUGUCAUCUUUCAAAGCUAUUGAGAUUUUGUAACAUUCAGACUGAAGCUUAGUCAAUUUAAGUACAAGUUGGAAUUAUGGUUCCUGUCUAAUUAAGGUAAUUUUUAGUUUUUCCUAUAUUUGAUCAUUAUUUCCAAAAUGGAACUCGUUUGAUAAUGAAUUUGACUGAUUAGUGAUUAGGCAUCUCAUGCCUAAAUUAAGAAUUCUGAAGUUCUAAUUUUUUUUCUCCGUCCAAAUGUAGCUUCUGAUCAUUUCAUAGCCCAAGAUCAUUUGCCUGUGACCUAUGUAUAUUCAUUACUCAACAGUUAUUUUUUUGUCGUGUAAGAAUUUUCUUUCUACUAAGCCAUUGAGAUUUGUAGCAUUUAAGCUGAAGCUCAGUCAGUUUAAGUACAAAUUGAAAUUCUGAUUCCUAUCUGAUUAGAGUAGUUCAUAGGCAAUCUAAUUUUUCCUAUAUUUGAUCAUUAUUUCAAAAAUGGAACUCGUGUGAUAAUGAAUUUGACUGAUUAGUGAUUAGGUAUCUCAUGCCUAAAUUAAGAAUUCUGAAGUUCUAAUUUUUUUUCUCCGUCCAAAUGUAGCUUCUGAUCAUUUCAUAGCCUAAUAUCAUUUACCUGUGACCUAUGUAUUUUCGUUACUUAACAAUUAUUUUUUUGUCGUGUAAGAAUUUUCUUUCUACUAAGCCAUUGAGAUUUUGUAUCAUUUAAGCUGAAACUCAGUCAGUUUAUUGAAAAUCUGCAAUGCAAGGUAGCUUUCUCUAAAUGCACUUUGAGGCCAAAGUGGUGUGUUCUGAGUGGUUCCGCUGGGACACACAAUAUUUGUUUUUGCACCAUACAUCAGAAUGUAAAACUGCUCCUUUCAGCAUGCGAAAUUGAAGAAACUUAUCAGGAAUUGAUCGAAUACCUUGUCUGUUCCACGGACAACAAAGACUGUAUGUUACGCCAUUGUACUGAGUGUCCAAAUAACAGAAAACUGAAACAGUUUCUUAAGGACAAAUUUGAUGAGUAUGAUUCUGAGGAUGAGAUCUCAUACAAUAUGUGGGUCUCAACUGACAGGACGCAACAAGCAACUUUCCACGUAACGCUUGAAGAGUACAUUGAAAAGCUGUUAAGCAGUCUGGAGGAGUUGAUCUCGCAUUCCUUUAUAGCCAAACAACAAGGCAAGUUUCUCCAGGACAAGAAGGCGAAUAUAAAGGAGAAUGAAGCUAUUUUGGUCCUUGAUUUUAGUCAGAACUAUUCAUACUGCAUUCAAGACAAAGUUCAAGGUGCUUAUUGGUCUCAUGAAAGUUGCUCACUUCAUCCUGCUGUUUUAUACACCUUUAGUGAAAAAGAAGAACCAAUUAAAAGCAGCAUGUGUGUGAUUUCUGAUGAUUUAAAUCAUGAUGUUGCUUUUGUUUAUGAAACCCAAAAAGUCAUCGUUGAACACAUCAAAGAAUGCUUCCCGAAAGUCCAAUACCUACUGUACCUCAGUGACGGUUGUGCUGGUCAGUACAAAAACAUCAAAAAUUUUCUGAAUUUAUGUUUUCAUCAUGAAGACUUUGAUAUUGCAGCUACCUGGUCAUUCUUUGCCACCAGUCACGAGCAGUCUUCUUGUGAUGGAGUAGGUGGAACAACCAAGUGCCUAUUGAGAAAGGCAAGCCUUCAGAUAGACUGCGGAGAAAAUAUUGAUACUGCUUUGAGGGUCUACAAAUUUUGUAGUACUGAAAUAGAUAACAUCAAAUAUUGGUUUGUGCCAUCAGAGAAGAUGUUGGAGAGACGUCAACAGUUAACAAUGCGAUUUUCUUUGGCCAAAAAUAUUCCAGGAACGAGGAGCUAUCACCAUUUUGAACCUUUGACAACAAUGUCCAUCGAAACAAGGAGAAUAAGUUAUGACCCAAAUUACUACUGUAUUUUUAAUUUUUCUGAAGAUCAAGAAUCAUCAUCCCUGAAAAUGAGUGGAAUUUUCAUCAACUCAUACAUUGCCUGUUCUUAUGAUGACCACUAUUUCUUCGGUUUAAUUUUGUC